ACCAUCUUUGCCUAUAACUCCCCCUUUUUUUAUCCUUUGUUGAAGGCAUACAGAAAGUUAGCCAAGGAAUACCAUCCUGAUAAGAAUCCGAACGCUGGUGACAAAUUCAAAGAAAUAAGUUUUGCAUAUGAAGUGCUAUCAAACCCUGAGAAACGAGAGUUAUAUGACCGCUAUGGCGAGCAAGGUCUUCGGGAAGGCAGUGGCGGAGGUGGUGGCAUGGAUGAUAUUUUCUCCCACAUUUUCGGUGGGGGACUGUUUGGCUUCAUGGGCAAUCAGAGUAGAAGUCGAAAUGGCAGAAGAAGAGGAGAAGACAUGAUGCAUCCACUCAAAGUAUCUUUAGAAGAUCUGUAUAAUGGCAAGACAACCAAACUGCAGCUUAGCAAGAAUGUACUCUGCAGUGCGUGCAGCGGCCAAGGUGGAAAGUCAGGGGCUGUUCAGAAGUGUAGUGCCUGUCGGGGUCGAGGUGUUCGCAUCAUGAUCAGACAGCUGGCUCCGGGGAUGGUGCAGCAGAUGCAGUCUGUGUGUUCCGACUGCAAUGGAGAAGGAGAGGUCAUUAAUGAAAAGGACCGCUGUAAAAAAUGUGAGGGGAAGAAGGUGAUCAAAGAAGUCAAGAUUCUCGAAGUCCACGUAGACAAAGGCAUGAAACAUGGCCAGAGAAUUACGUUCACUGGGGAAGCCGACCAGGCCCCCGGAGUGGAACCAGGAGACAUUGUUCUUUUGCUACAAGAGAAAGAACAUGAGGUGUUCCAGAGGGAUGGCAACGAUUUGCACAUGACAUAUAAGAUAGGACUUGUGGAAGCCCUCUGUGGGUUUCAGUUCACAUUUAAGCACCUUGAUGGACGUCAGAUUGUGGUGAAAUACCCCCCUGGCAAGGUCAUUGAACCAGGAUGUGUUCGUGUAGUUCGAGGUGAAGGAAUGCCACAGUAUCGUAAUCCCUUUGAAAAAGGUGAUCUUUACAUAAAGUUUGACGUGCAAUUUCCUGAAAACAACUGGAUCAACCCAGACAAGCUUUCUGAACUAGAAGAUCUUCUGCCAUCUAGACCAGAAGUCCCAAACAUAAUUGGAGACACAGAGGAGGUAGAGCUUCAGGAAUUUGACAGCACUCGGGGUUCGGGAGGUGGGCAGAGGCGUGAAGCCUAUAAUGACAGCUCUGAUGAAGAAAGCAGCAGCCACCACGGACCAGGAGUGCAAUGUGCCCAUCAGUAAACUGCACACACUAGCACAGGUGGAUUCUUUCUCCACGUGUCCUGGUUUGUUUUCAGCGAUCCAGCUGGAGGGUCUGGUCAAUCCAAAUGAACUGAUGGACAUUUCUUGGUCUAUGUGUAACUUUUAAAGCUGGUAUAGUAUCUACAGAGUGUGUAAUUUAAACUAACCACAAAGCUCUACAUCUUCAUCUGACUGUUCUGUAGCAGAGUAAAGCACUUGAGAGGAAACAAGACUCUUUCACGUGAGUUACAAGUUUCAGCCCUGGCAUCCGUGCUGGUUUUUAUCGUUUCGUGUAGAUUUUUUUGUUUCAUAUUUGAAAUUCAAAGCCCACAUUGUAAAGUUUGUGUACAAUUUGUCCUGAAGCUUUGUGUUUGGCUGCACCUGCAUAAUAAGCUGCUACAAAUAGAAUAAAGAAUUUCAGAGCCUGUAUCUCUCGUUUAGGUGCAUGGGAAUGGGCUUUGCACACAGUGGGUUUGGAGCUGACUGGGAACAAUGGGAAUUACAUCAGCUGUGGCUGUCAUGUUGUUGGGUUUUUUCUUUUUCUUUUUUUAAUCAUCUUGUGAAAGGUUUCAAAACUCGAUAAUAAAGAGUUGGUGUAAAUUA